GUUUGUUCACGUAACAUGUGGUCUACUGAAUAAAGAUGUUAAUUAUUGUCUGAUAAGCACAACCAUAUUUUAAAAUUAGAUAUUGAUUUUUUUUUUUUGGCUUCUUGGGCAUUUUACAUCGGGAACAUUGGUUUUUGACAAAUCACAACAUGGAAGGUUCUGUAAUAUUCCACAUUCUCUGCUUGCUUCUGUGGUUCUGUUUUCCAGAUGUAACCGAGGGACAAAACGCCUACAAAUGUGAGUCACUUUCUUCAAAUGAAAAGGACUGUAGCACCUGUCACUACCUGAAUCAGUCCAUGGGAUACGAGUGUCAGUGGUGCCAAAAUACAGGCUGUGUGGACGUAGAUAAUAACCAGUGCAGACAGGCAGAAACCUGUGGCAAACCUGUGGUUACCAAAAUUUCUCCCACAGAUGGUCCUCCAGAAGGAGGGACAGAGGUCACUAUAGAGGGAUUCAACUUUGGAGUUCAGUCAAUUGUGACGGUCACCGUCGCUGGGGUGCCAUGUAACAAUGUGACAUUCAUGGACCGAAAAAUCAGUUGCACCACAUCAAACAAGUCGUUUGAUUCCACAAAGAAGCCUGAGGAAAGUGGUCAGGUGGUUGUGACAGUGGAUGGCAAGAACUCGUCAGACGACAUUCAGUUUACAUACAAGAUGCCAAAGAUAACAAGUAUCUACCCAAACCAAGGUAUCUUGUCUGGAGGAAGGACGAUACAUCUAAUUGGAACCAAUCUUAAUAUUGGAAACAUGGAGUAUAAAGUGGAGUUAACAAAUGUAGAAUCUUCAAAAUCACAAGUACCCGUAGGAUGUACUAUAAUUAGAAACUUGUCACUUGAGUGGAAUAUAACUUGUAAAUCCAAAGGCGCAUACGACACAGGGAUGUAUAAACUGAAAGUGACGUUUGACACCAAUACAGACGUAGAUAAUAGCCUCAAGUUUGAAUAUCUACCAGACCCAAUAAUUAAGUCAACUGAGCCUACAAACCUGACAUCCAUCAACAGUGGAGGAACAAAUUUUAAUGUGAUUGGUGAAGGAUUUUUUGCCAUUGAUAGUCUAACAGUGGGAGUUGAAGACAGUGAGGAAAGAGACUCAAUAUGCCGAAUUCUCACACAAACUAAACUUGAAUGCAAAUAUCCAAGAAACAGAGAAAGCGAAAAGCGACGAAAAAAGAGAGCUACUAGGUCCAAUAUCGUCAUCUACCUUGAUGGGUUUUCCCAUAAAUUCGCUUCUGGUGUAUUGUAUGUGGAUGACCCUCUGUUUUCUGCUUUCUAUAACAACGUCACGUACAGUUUUGAUCCAAGUGUAGAAGAUUCCAUUAAAUUAGCUGGGGAACAUUUGGCAACUGUGACAAGAAGGAGUGACUAUCUAGUACUUGUUGGCUCUGCAGAAGGUAGCAUUUUAAGCUUGACCGAGACAGAACUGGUCUUUCGACCCCUUCCAAAGGAACCUUCACCAAGGGUAAAUGAGGAAAAGUUAUUCAUCAGGGUAAAAGUUGGUAACUUGAGGCAAACUGUGGGAAUAAUAGAGUACCCGAGACGACUUGAUAGCACAAUUGUCAUCAUUUUUGUAAUCUCCGUUUUGAUCAUUGUCGCUCUCGUUGUGCUUGUUACUGUGUUGAUACACAGAAGAAAUCAAGCAAGAAAGACAAGGAUGAUUGUAAACAUCACGAAGGAGAUGCAUGAUCUAAAUUAGGAUACCUCGAAGAUGAUUAAUAGGGUCACGAGGAUAAUCCAGUAGGGUCAGUUAGUGACAUCAGUGUGUGAUUAGAUUGUUUCAUAUUUAAAGCGUUUGAUUCUAAUAAAAGAAAUCUUAAUACAAAAUUAUUACUGGACAACAUUGAAUUCCACGGCGUAGAAAUCCCUAUCCUCUAUGAUAUCACUCUUAAAUCAUUUUUAAUUAAUAUAAAUAGUUUUUUAAUAGCAUUUUAAUGUAAUUUUUUUUUUAAAUUGGCGUUUCAGAAAUGAGAAUUUAUUGCGUUGAAAUAUAUAUGAAAUUGUAAAACAAUUAAUAUGUUAAUUUGAUACUUUCAAGAGGAAUUUAAACAUGAUAAUGGUAUGUAGUGAUUAUUACCGUGUCAUUAGAUAAUGUAAUCAUGUAAUUAUUCGAUAAUUAUCAAAUAUUGAUUAGUUAUGAUGAUAUUUCUCAUAGGACAUCAUUAGUGCCGCGACCAGGAUACAAAUUGUACAUUUUUGAACGGUUUAGAUCUAACAUGUUGUAAAAAUGUUAACAACCUCUAUAUUCUAUGUAUAUCCUUAUUUUUCUAUUAAAUUAUAUUUUUUGAACGAUGGCGGAGAAACAAUUCUAUGGCAUGUAAAACAUUGCAAAAUUUUAUCAUAUUCAUUUGAAUUGUGUAACUUUCUAUUCGUGUUUUAUAAUUUUCAUUUGUAUUUUAAAAUUUUUUAUUUGCAUUGUAUAAUUUUAUAAUUUUUUAUUUGUAUUGUAUAAGUUUUAAUUGUAUUAUAUAAAAGCGUCUUCUGUAUUAUAUUUAUUUUCAUAUGUAUUGUAUUAAUAUUCUUUUUAUUGUUUAAUUUCCUUUUGUAUUGUUAAAUAAUUCAUUCGUAAAGAAUACUAGUAUAUCUUUUCCUAUUGAAUUGUAUAAAUUUUAUAUUAAUUGUUUAAUUUCCUUUUGUAUUGUUCAGGUGUAAUAUCCAUCUGCUAUUAAUUUCGCCAUAUAUUCAAAAAAAAAUUCACAUUGAUUUUCAUCAAAGUUAAAUUAAAUAUCAAUCGAUUCAUAUGAUACAAAAAUGAAGUGAUGAGGCGCUAAAUUUUUCAAAAAUUGAUAAUGUGUCUAAUCAUGAUAUGGAGAAAACUAGACAUAAUGAUUAGAAAAAACAAAAAUUUUACCAUCGCAGUAUAAAAUUAAAAAUCCAAAAUGUAUAUGAAAAUAAUAUAUAGUUAUAUACAUUUUCAUAUCAUAUUACAAAACAUAUUGAAGCGCUGCAUAUUAGUGUUCAGAAUAGCACUUUGUUGUAUAGGUUUGCAACAAAAAUUGCUUCAAUCAGCAAGAGUUAUCUUUCUUUAUCAAUGACUCUUGAAGGUUUUACAUACAUGUUUUGUAUACACUGCAUGAUAAAUUGCCACAGUUUCUGAAUUUUCAGAAAAAAGUUUUCUGUUUUCAAAUUUUGAUAAGAUAAUAGUAAAUGGAUCCAUAUAUUAAGAAAUCCUAAAAAUGUAAACCAGAGUAUAAAUUUUGUUUUAAUUUUAACACAACAAGGGGAUGAGGCGAAUAAUCUUCCAGUGAUUGGUAUAAUAUCAAUAUAGGGAUUUAUUGUCUUGAAUCAAAUGAGAUAUUAGGUUGUUUUUUUUUUUUUUUUGUCUUCCCACAUCUGCUCCCUCAGAAUAGAAAAGCUUUAUUAAAUUUUAAACAUUUGAAAUGUUAUAAGUUUUAAACGAUUAUGACUAAGUAUAGAAUUUGUAAUUGUCUUGGUCACAUUUUUCGCAAUUAUAAUUCAUUCAGCUCUGUGAUCGAGCUAUAGAUAGAAAAAUAAAAACAUUCUAUCCAAAUAUUCUCUGGCUUAAAACAUCAACUAUCAACUGUACAUGUACUCAACAAAUACAUACAAUUUUGUUAUAUUUUUUUAAAAAGAAUGAUCCAUCGGGAUUGGGAGGGGGAGGAAUAGUCAUGUAGAUACAUGUAUUGCCUCAUAAAUAUUUUAUCAUUAUGAUACAUUUCUUGUAAUAUUUUGGAAAAGUUUCCUUUACUUUUUUGCCCCCUGCUUCAAAAAGGCCCUGGGGUUCAAUUCGUUUCGGUCAAUUUUUUUUUCUAUAUUUGAACUUAAAUAAGUGUAUUAGGACCCAGCACCUCCUCUCUUGUUGUUACAUGCCUUCAUAGUUGUUAGUUAAAAGAAAUAAAAAGAUAUUAUUUUCUACAGAAGUCAUCUCUCUUAUCAAAGGAACAUUCAACCUUAAAUGACAUGAUAGGUGUAGGUUAGAGUAUAUAACUUUCAAAUGUUUAUUAAAUAUCAAGGUAAUAUGGGACACUUUCAUAUUGUGACUACCCGUACCUGCAUUUUGAAAUAAACAAUAAAACCAACUUAAUAUUUUUUUCUUUUCAAAAAUUGUUACUUAUCAGAGUAGUUA